UUACAUCACUACACGACACCGUUUCUCUCUCUCUCUCUCUCUCUCUCUCUCUCUCUCAUCCAUCAUCGGAUCUGAGUUCCCCAACGCGCCUAAACCCCUCUUCUUCCAAUAUUGUCCGAUCUCUCCGCUUCCCCACGCAAUCAUCCACUCCCCAAUCACAAUCUCUCUUUCCACACGCCGACGUGUGUACUAGGGAGGGGGAUUUGUGAUUCGCUCGGCGUGGACCGGCGCCGGUCGGUGACGGAUCGGGCAAUGUGAACCGGAAUCGAUGAGCAAAGCCGGGGAAGAAGAGGAAGACGACGAGGAGCGCUUCCACGACUCGCUCGACCGCUUGCUCUCUUCCUCCAACACUUCCUGCUCCUGCUCCCCUUCCGCCUCCGACGACGACUACGAUCCCCACCCCAAUUCCUCCAAUGGCGCCCUCCUCAACUUCCCCAGGGGCCUCUCCCGGAACUACGACCUCUGGAUCUCCCACCCGGCCUCCGUCGAGGAGCGCCGCCUCCGCCUCCUCACCCAGAUGGGGCUCAAUCGAGACCUCCGCCACCGUCCCUCGCAUUCCUUCUCCUCCGAUCGCCUGAACCCCAUUCUCGAGGCGUCUAACCCUCGUGUCGACGAUGAUAUCAAAAUCGUUGGUGGUGGUGCCGAUCGUGAUGCUAGGUCGUCUGCGAUGGUGAGAUCCAAGUCGGCCGGGGAGUGUAAUUCGAGUGAGGGGGAAGUUUGUUCCAGCAAUUCGGUGACAGGUGAGAGUGUUUUACGUGUAAUUAAUGAUAGUGAGGGGAGUAUUGAUACGCAUUGUCGUAUGGAGAGAUCGGCGAGCAGUAAUCGAUCGUCGGUGAGUAGUACGGUUUCUCCCAAUAAACCCCCAAAAGUGAAAAUUAGAGGCGAUUGUAACUGUAAUGGGAGCUCUGGUAUUUCAUUGGCCAUUCCGAAGAGUGGGGAGUUGAAUGGGGGUUUGGAGAGUAAUGGGGUUGAUGAUGCGAACGCCAUGUGUAUGAUUAAAAAUCUUGACAAUGGAAAGGAGUUUGUGGUGAAGGAGGUAAAGGAAGAUGGGACUUGGAAGAAGAUCAAGGAAUUGGGAACAGGGCGCCAGUUGACCAUGGAGGAGUUCUCAUCCGAAAUGUGUGUAGGGACGUCGCCAAUUGUACAAGAACUGAUGAGGAGGCAGAAUGUUGAGGAUGGGAACAAGGAAGGGUCGGAUCUACAUUCUGAUGGGAGCUUCGGCACUGCAUCUAAGUCGAAGAAGAGGGCGAGUUGGCUGAAAAGUAUUAAGAGUGUGGCGAGUUCUGUUACUGGACAUAAGGAUCGACGUAGUAGUGAUGAGAGGGAUACGUCUUCUGAGAAGGGUGGGAGGAGAUCAAGCUCCGCAACGGAUGACAGCCAGGAUGUAUCCUUUCAUGGGCCAGAAAAAGUUCGAGUUAGGCAGUAUGGGAAGUCUGUCAAAGAGCUCACGGCUAUGUACAAGAGCCAGGAGAUACAGGCUCAUAGUGGUUCAAUUUGGGCUAUUAAAUUUAGCUUGGAUGGGAAAUAUCUGGCUAGUGCUGGUGAGGACUGUGUGAUUCAUGUGUGGCAAGUGGUGGAAACAGAAAGGAAGGGAGAUUUCCUCUUUGACAGAUCGGAAGAUGGGAAUUUCAAUCUUCUGCUUCUAGCCAAUGGAUCUCCGGAGCCUUCAUCUGUAUCACCGAAUUUAGAAGGUCAUUACGAGAAGAAUAGAAGAGGGAGGUCGUCUGUAAGUAGGAAAUCCAUGAGUCUUGAGCAGAUUGUGGUGCCUGAGACAGUGUUUUCCCUCUUGGAGAAACCUAUAUGUUCAUUUCAAGGACAUUUAGAUGAUGUACUGGACCUAUCAUGGUCCAAAUCUCAGCAACUGCUUUCAUCUUCAAUGGAUAAAACGGUGCGGCUAUGGGAUUUAUCUAGCAAAUCUUGUUUAAAGAUCUUCUCACACAGUGACUAUGUAACAUGCAUCCAGUUUAAUCCAGUUGAUGAUAGAUAUUUCAUCAGUGGAUCCUUAGAUGCUAAGGUGCGAAUCUGGAGCAUUCCUGAUCGCAAAGUUGUUGAUUGGAAUGAUUUGCAUGAAAUGGUUACUGCAGCUUGUUACACACCUGAUGGACAGGGGGCACUUGUUGGUUCAUACAAGGGUAGCUGUCGGUUAUACAACACAUCAGAAAAUAGAUUGCUGCAGAAAAGCCAGAUCAAUCUACAGAACAAAAAGAAGAAGUCUCAUCAGAAAAAAAUAACUGGUUUCCAGUUUGCACCUGGAAGCACAUCAGAGGUCAUUGUCACAUCGGCUGAUUCCAGAGUUCGAGUCAUAGAUGGUGUCGAUCUAGUUCACAAGUUCAAAGGGUUUCAUAACGCAAACAGCCAAAUUUCUGCAUCCCUUACUUCUAAUGGAAAAUACGUGGUCUCUGCCAGUGAAGAUUCAUAUGUUUACGUUUGGAGACACGAGGGUGAAUCCCGACCUAACAGAAGUAAAGGUGUUAAGGUGACUCGAGCCUAUGAGCUUUUCCACUGUCAAGAUGUAUCUGCAGCAAUCCCUUGGCCUGGGCUCUUGUCCGACCCGUGGAACCUCCAAGAUAAUUGUGGCAGAGUGGCAAAUGGCACGAAUGAUCGCUUUGAGGAUCUAAACGAGUAUCAUCCGACUACGCCAGUUGGAGAAACCAAUGGCAGUGAAGAGUCGCUCUUACCAUCAGGGUGCAGCAACAGCCCCCUCAAUGGAUCUCUAUCAAGUGGAGCAAACAGCUACCUAUUUGAUAGAAUGACAGUGACAUGGCCUGAGGAGAAACUCGUGUCAGCUACUAAGAACCGUGUAAGCGUGGAGCUGCUGAACGGGCUUCAGCAGAGCAGGUCGGCUUGGGGUAUGGUGAUAGUAAGCGCAGGCCUCAGAGGAGAAAUAAAGACUUUCCAGAAUUUCGGAUUGCCCGUUCGAAUUUAGGCGCGGAAAUGGAGUUUGAAAAUCUGUGAAGUUUGCAACAAUUUGUACAGAUAUUCGGAGAGGAUGUAAUAUUAGCGAGUCUUCUUUUUUUUUUCUUUCAAUUUUUCAUUUUAAUGUGGGAAGGGAAGAGCCAAAUUAAAGGUGGGUUGCAUUGCAUGGUGUUGGGAGUAAAGAAGAAGAAAAGAUGGUUACAGCAUUCAGUUUAGAAACCGAUUUAUUUACACCAUAAUCGGUAAGUGUAGAUUUAAGGAUAUUGUUAUAUCAAUCCAAAUUCCUUACCAAUUCUUUA